AUGUCGCCUUGGGGAGCACCUGUCUUGUUUGUGAAAAAGGACGGUUCUUUAAGACAGUGUAUAGAUUACAGGCAGUUGAAUAAGUUGAAAGGUGCUGCAGUAUUUUCCAAGAUAGACCUUCGAUCUGGGUAUUAUCAGUUGAAAGUUAAAGAGUGUGAUGUGCCGAAAACUGCCUUCCGAACUCGAUAUGAGGCCGAACAUGCACAACAUUUAAGGAUUGUACUACAGACUUUGCGGGAGAAACAGUUAUAUGCGAAAUUUAGCAAAUGUGAAUUUUGGCUCCAUGAAGUUGCGUUUUUGGGUCAUAUUGUAUCAGCUGAUGGAAUAAGAGUGGAUCCAAGUAAGGUAGCGGCAGUGGUAAAUUGGAAAGUUCCGAAGAAUGUUACUGAAGUGCGGAGUUUUUUAGGAUUGGCAGGUUAUUAUUGCCGAUUUGUCAAAGAUUUUUCAAUGAUUACCUUACCGUUGACUCGAUUACUACAAAAGAAUGUUGAAUUUAUGUGGUCAGAUGAAUGUCAGCGGAGUUUCGAUCAGUUGAAAAAGAUGUUGACAGAGGCUCCAGUGUUGACUCAACCAGAAUCGGGUGUACCGUUUGUAGUAUAUAGUGAUGCGUCUCGAAUGGGUUAA